AAAAAAAAAAAAAAAAAAAAAAAAAAAAAAAGCUCCUCAUUCCUUCUUCCACCGCCAUACUGUAUUUUAUAGUAACUCUCAUUUUUAUUCCUCCCUUUUACUCCCGCUCGUGGAAGGUUUUCCCGGAGAAUGAAGUGCGAUUUGGUUUCCUUGUCAACGGAAGAUGAAGUGAACAACUGAACAUCUCCCCAGUGCAGGCUUAAAGCCAAGUGAUCCAACCAUGACCGGCAAAACACAGACCAGCAAUGUCACCAAUAAGAACGACCCAAAGUCCAUCAACUCCAGAGUCUUCAUCGGCAACCUGAACACAGCCAUUGUCAAAAAAGGCGACAUCGAAGCCAUCUUUGCCAAGUAUGGGAAAAUAGUGGGCUGCUCAGUGCACAAGGGUUAUGCCUUUGUACAGUACAUGAGCGAGAGGCACGCCAGGGCUGCAGUGGCAGGAGAGAAUGCCAGGAUCAUCGCGGGGCAGCCACUAGAUAUCAACAUGGCAGGAGAACCAAAACCAUACAGACCAAAACCUGGCAACAAGAGGCCACUUUCAGCACUUUACAGACUUGAAUCAAAGGAGCCCUUCCUGUCCGUUGGUGGUUAUGUCUUUGAUUAUGAUUACUACAGAGAUGAUUUCUACAACCGGUUGUUUGAUUACCAUGGCCGUGUCCCCCCACCACCCCGUGCAGUGAUUCCACUGAAGCGUCCUCGUGUGGCUGUGACAACAACUCGCAGAGGCAAAGGGGUGUUCUCCAUGAAAGGAGCAUCACGAUCCACCUCAAGCGGGGCUUCUUCCUCAGGAUCCAAAUCACCCACCUGUCUUCCCCUGCCCCUUAUGUGGAGUGAUACUGUCCUUGGAAGCGUCACUGGAAGAGGAAGAGAAAGAUCAGUGAAAUCAGAUGAGUUGCAAACAAUCAAGAAGGAAUUAACCCAAAUCAAAACAAAAAUUGACUCCUUGCUAGGGAGACUGGAAAAGAUUGAAAAGCAGCAAAAAGCUGAAGCAGAAGCUCAAAAGAAACAAAUGGAAGAUAAUGCUGAUUUGAUCCAAGAGGAAUGCAUAUCAGAGAAUGCAGAUAACUCUACAGAAGAGCCAAUUGAAGGAGGGCCAGAUGCAGAUGGGGAUGGAGAAGAGAUGACUGAUGGGAUAGAGGAGGAUUUUGAUGAGGAUGGCAGCAAUGAGCUGUUUCUACAGAUCAAGUGAUGAGAUGUCAUGUGUGAACCCCUUCAAGGCCAACAAGAGAAACUCCGACUUCCCUACAGAAAAUUGUGAACUGCAGUUUCUUACUGGCUAGCAACACCUUAGAUUCAAUUUGUAUGAAAACUCAAUUUACUUAUUAAAAUGGACGUUACUGUUCAAAUAUUAGAAAUCCCAUUUCUUAUAUGUUCUAAGCUGUACAAUUGUCAGAUUUUUAUGGUUUAGAUUGUAAAUGUGUUUUUCUCUGGCUAAUUAUUGGUAUUAUUUUUUUAAUUUUGAUGUCUUAAAGGCCAAUGUACUGUAUCAUAAUAAUAUGAAGGACAUAUUUAACAGGUGUGGGGAACACUGUAUACAAAUGUAUAUUUCUAAAAGCUAUUUUUAUGAUUAGCAUGUUUUACUGUUUUACCAUAUUUAGAGUCAGGUGAUAUUGUACUUCUUUGUUUUUACAGCUUAAUUCAAACAAGAUCACAAUUAAAUACGUUGUAUGGUAUUUUCCAUUAUUUUAUUUAUUAUAUUCAUCAUUGGAAAAACUUUUAUUAAUAGGGAUAGCUGCUAAGAAGUGAAAUUGUCAAAAUACGAGAGCAAUCCUUGAUAAACUGUAAAUUGGAUCCUCCUGUAAAUCACUUUCUUCAGAUAAGCACUCUCUGUGAUGCCAUUCACUAGACAGUUGUUACAGCAGCUCCUCCAAGUCUCUGAAGGCAGUUUGUUGUUACCAUGUGGAAAGUGUACACGACAGUCAGUCUCCUGUCUAGCCAGGUAAAUUACUUAUAGACUGCCAAUAUCUGACAACCUAAGUUAACCUACUGAUUACUUUUUUUAUUUUUUUGAAUUAGUCUUUCCAUUCCCGAGCCCCUAAAGCCCUCCUAAAAGCCUGCAGAUGGUAUAACAAAUUAUUACAGAUGUUGUAGGGGGAAUCUCAGUAUAGAAUUUCUUAAUAAAUCAUAUUUCCUUUCAAACAGAA